AUGGGAGGACCAGCUGCUGGGAAAUUUGCAGCUGAGUACAUGAAAGAAGUAGCUCACUUGUUGAAAGAUCAUGACAUGGCACCAAAGGUAAAGAUCUUGUUGCUCCAGAGUAUAGCGUGUUGGUGUUACUUAAACCCCGUCAGCCAGAAGAGGGCCAAACAUCUGAAGUUUAUUCCUAUCCUCGUUGAGGUUUUUGAGGACAAACUCGACUCUACGACCAAAAGUGAAAUAAACAACAGCCUCCUUGUUAAAUUCUGGACUUGCUAUGUUCUCUCCGUCAUGACGUGCAAUAACUUGUCCUGCGUAAAGGAGCUUAAAAACUACAGUAUUCUGAAAUAUCACUUGCAAAUACUGGCGACUGAGAAUUGGUCUGGGUGGCCUGAGAAUUUUGCAGAGGUGCUGUAUUUCCUAAUUGGUUUUCACAGGAAUUAA